GUAUAAACAAGGCUCACAUGAUGAAUAUACUUGUCCUGUGCCUGGUCACCUGGGGUGCUCUCAGUAAGGGAAAGGAAAUCCCAGGUGCCUGGGCGUGGGGCCUGGUCAGCUCGUGAGUUCUCCGUGGGCCGCUGGAUGUGUCUGAGCUGGAGAAGACCCGAGACCAGAGGGAAGUUCUCAGCUGGGCCCUGGGAGGGGUUCAGUUCCUCCUCCUCACUCAUGCUGAGAAUCCUCCUCAGCAUGACCAGAAAGACCAAAGUCAGCAGGAAGCCUCCCAGCCGCUCCCUGGCCUCUUCGUGACUUUGGCCCUGGAGAGCCCAUGGAGCCCGGUCUGCCCAGGGCCAGGCCUGAGGUUCGUUCUUAUGCUGUUUUCUGAAGGCAAGUGACUGCUCCAGAAUGAAUCUCCGAUCUGAGAAGGGGAAGUAGACACCCAGUCGGCUCUCUGCUAUGGCCUGCGAACCACGGAUAGACCCUGGUGGGGCGGCUGGCCCGUUGCCCACCCCCUCUCCUGGCUGGAGUGCCCUGCCUGGGGGGAGUUCUUCCGGCUGGGGACAAGCCUCUGGUCUGCUUGCAGAGCUCCGCAACGGCCAGGUGCUCACGGUUCUCCGGAUCGACAAUACCUGUGCGCCCAUCGCCUUUGAUCUGGGAGCCGCUGAAGAGCAACUGCAGACCUGGGGCAUUCAAGUCCCGGCUGACCAGUACAGGAGCUUGGCCGAGAGUGCCCUCUUGGAGCCCCAAGUGAGAAGAUACAUCAUCUACAACUCGAGGCCCAUGAGGCUGGCUUUUGCUGUGGUUUUCUACGUGGUGGUGUGGGCCAACAUCUACUCCACCAGCCAGAUGUUUGCCCUGGGGAACCACUGGGUGGGCGUGCUGCUUGUGACCCUGGCUGCCAUGAGCCUGACACUGACUCUCGUGCUAAUCUUUGAGAGACACCAGAGAAAGGCCAACACCAACACGGACCUAAGGCUGUCGGCUGCCAACGGAGCCCUCCUGAGACAUCGGGUGCUGCUGGGGGUGACAGACACAGUGGAAGGCUGCCAGAGUGUGAUUCAGCUCUGGUUUGUCUACUUCGACCUGGAGAACUGUGUGCAAUUUUUAUCUGACCACGUUCGAGAAAUGAAGACCAGCCAGGAGCCCUUGCUGAGAAGCAGAUUGAGCCAGCUUUGUGUUGUCAUGGAGACUGGGGUGAGCCCUGAGACAGCAGAGGGGCCUGAGAACCUGCUGGAGGAAGCACCUCUCCUGCCCAGCAGCCCAAAUCCCCAGGAGAGGCCGUUGAUGCAGAUGGAGCUUUGCCAGCUCGUUCCUGAGGCUGAGCCGGAGGAAAUGGCCCAGCAGUUGCUGGCGGUGUUUGGCGGCUACUACAUCCGGCUCCUGGUGACCUCCCAGCUUCCCCAGGCAGGGGGGACACGACACACGGACUCUCCAAGGAUUCCAUGCCCUUGCCAGCUUGUAGAAGCACACAUCCUCGGCACAGGGUGCUGCCCGUUCCUGGCCAGGUGACCUAGGGAUAAAGGUACUCAACUCCUCCAAGACUGAAUGAGAAGUCGGGGGCCUCAGGAGCGCAAGGUGCCUGAUGGCGAGCCUUGGGUGAGGAGAGAAACAUCUGGGAGCACUGUGAAGGCUGUCGGUCAUGUCAGCAACAAGGCUGCUUGCUCCCUCUGGGACCCUGCGCACAAACGGCUUGUCGACAUCCCAUGCUGACCCUUGGCCUUUUCAGACGCUGAUGGUUGCCGAGCUGGCCCCUCUCCACCCUGUUCUCUGCUGCUUAGAGCCGUGGGUGGGAAUGGAAGGGCCACUCUUCCAUCCCUUUUGUUGUCUGGAGAGCCCAGGAAAUGUGAAGAUGAUGAGACUGAGUCAGACAUAUGUCAAAGCUUGGUGUCCAAUGAUGCACUCACUCCCAAGCCCUUCCUGUCAGAUGGGAAAACUGAGGCUCAGGGAGGACACUGCUCUUUGUGGCAUUGCCUUGGUCUUCUAAAAUGACAAGAUGCCACUUCCUGAUCUGAAGGAGUAGAUUCCCAGAAUGUUCUCCAUUUUAAAGUUUUUCUUCCUCUGUAUUUUAUGAAAAACAGCAGCACCUGGCCUUGUCUGUUGGCACACAGGCUUCCAGGAGACAGAAGAAGAAAGCAAAUGGCACAUCACUGUUAAUGGGAAUAUUUGGAAAAGAGCGAUCCUGUCUGAUUUGAGGACUUAUUUUGUUCAAAGGCCUGAGUUCUUGUAGCUGUGGUUCUGUGCCACAGAUGUAGAGCAACUCCCUUGUUUUCUGACACUAACUGUCCUGGAAUGAGGGAUAGUCUGUCUCAUGGAGUUCCACGAAUAGCUCGGAAGCUUCCAGGUUCUCUGUUCCCCAAAAGCUUGACGUCCCAUUAUUCCACAGGCUCAAAUCCUGAAGUCAUAUCCUGGCACUUAAAGGCUCCUCAGCCUCCAAGACCCAGCCUUCAUCUGCAAUUUUGGCUUCAUCUGCUGCAUAAUUCCUUCAUAAGUUGAAACUCUUGCCUGGACUGACAUACCAAGUGCUUUCAAUCUGUUGGAUUCCUAUGCAUGCUUCAAAGCCCAGCUUUACUUAACGCUUUUUCAUGAAGCUUUUCAACAUUAAGCUAGCCUUUUCUGCUUUCUCUAGAUUAUUAACGUAGCUGCUGUCUUUGUUUUAUAUUAUUGGCUCUGCUUUCCUGUGUACAUGCCUAUUUUUCUAGCUAGACUAAGCUCUCAAGGACAAAGUCUGCAUCUUCUACUUAUUUGUGCAUGACCUGGACCUGCUAAGGAAAAAAGAAACCCUGUGGAUUGAGUGCUUUGUUAUCUCCUUAGCAGCUUUUGCAAACUGCUCUCUAUACGGAGUUGAAUGAUGAAGUUGGCACAGACCUGGUCUGGUUCUGAAUUGUCACUUUUUUGUAAAUUUUGGCUGGUCCUCAGUUUACCCAUCUAUAAAAUGGGUAGGUUGGAUGAUUCUUAAUCGCCCUUCCAGAGCCAGAGUUCUGGAAAUUUCCAGCUUUUUCUGCUUCAUUCUAGCCCUUGGCCUGUCUGUUAGGUCUUCAUCGACAUGUAGAAGGAUUUUAUAGGUGUCCCAGAUCUGAUGCUCCUUUGGACGGAACACUGGCCUAUCCAGCAAGAGACUUGGGAGUCUCAUCCCAGAUCUGCUGCUUCCUGGCAGUUCACUUUGUUAUAAAUGGAUCUGGUGAACAUGGUAUGUAAUCAUGAGGGUAACUUGCCCUGUAAGAGAGGAGUCUGACUGUUUUCUUUCUCUGGGCUGGAGAAGAGAAAUCAUGUACAAGACCAGCCCUUAGAAAUGGCUGUUCCAGACAUUCCUCUUUAGCCAGCUCCGAGGGCAGCUUUGCUCAGUGAAAUUAUUCAUGAAGGCGAUCACUGCCUUUCUCAUGUGCCACCGAGGAAAUGUGGGCAGUGAAUGUGAUCAACAGAUGCCUAUAUUUAUCAUCCAACCAUAAAAUUCUGGUAAAUGUAAUGACAGAGAAUAAAAAUGUGUGUGUUAAAUGACAGAGCAGCAGUUUUUUUCCAUUUAGGGCUGACUUAAAGAGCCCUCGAUGUGUUCUUCCCUGUCUCUUUUUAGAGUUUCUGAUGGUCUCACCUGUGGGUGGGGCAUUCAAGCGUGCCUACAAGGUACAUUUCUUUGCACUUACAUCUCAGGAAAUUCUGUGAUCUCUGUCUUACCCACUUUACAGGGUUGCUGGAAGGAGCUGAUCUACAAUGCACAUGCGCUCUGAGUUUGAAGGCUCUGUGUUAGCGAUAUAGGCAUGGCAUGGUCAGGCUGGUGCGUGUCCUGAAGUGUGGGCCGAGACAGUGGCAUAGAGCUUGGAUUCUAGAGUCACAUAUAUUCAGACCCAAGUUCUGCCGCUCAGGAGCAGUAUCUUUCCCAUCCUUUGAUCUCACUCUUCAUGUGUGAAAUGGGGAUAAGACUACUUACCUGGCAGGUUAUUGUGAAGAUUAAAUGAUAUAAAAAAUGUAAAGCACUUGCAACUUUGAGUUGUAAGCUUGAGUAAGAGCCCAAUAAAAUAUUGAUACAUUUUAAAAA